AUGGGAUAAAAUAAGAAUGCAUCUAUUAUUUGUUCCCUGAUACAUUAUGCUUUUAAUAAACAAAUAUCAAGAAUCCUAGAAAGAUUUCUUGAAUUGAUAAAUACUUUAAAGAAUUAACCGACUUCAAUGGAAUUUACAAAUUUAAUUGAGUCAACCAAAAAUGCGUAGAAUCCUGUUUAGAAGUUCUUUUAAAAUCUAUAUCUGAUAGAUUAGAAAAAUGAAAUUGCAGGUAAAAUACUAUUUGAUAUUUGUAAAAUAAAGGGUUGGUUGGAUGAUAGUUAAAUAUCAUAUAAUAAUAUAGCAAAAUAUUUUUAGAUGAGGAUUUCAUUUCUAACUUGUAAUGAAAUUUAUGGAAUCAAAUUCAAAGAUUCUAUUGAUCUAAUAGUUGAUCCUACUAAAAAAUUCUAUUAUUUAAUCCCUGAAUUAAUAAUUAAGAACCUUGAAUAAAUAUCAUGUCCUUAAUGUAAAAGUAAAAAUGAAUUUAUUUAAUUGAUGUGUGAACAUAAACAAUGUUACAAAUGUCUACUUAAGAAAUUAGAUCCAUUAAAAUGUUGUGGAAAACUCAAUAUCAAAUAAUAUCUAUUAAAUUAAAUUAAAAAGCUAGAGUGUCUAAAAGAAUAAAAUGAAAAGUAAAAAAUAUUAUAAAAAUAUUAUGAAAGUUCAAAUUAAUCAUUUGGACAUACAGAAUAAUAAUUAUAAUAGAAUAGAAGUGUUAGAAAUUAAUUGAAUCAAGAUAAUGAUAAAUUAAAGAAUUCUUCUGUUAUUGAUAUUCUAUAUGAAUGUAAUUUAUGUUUUAAAAAGGUGUAUACUUAAUUAUUUACAUUAUAAGAUUGUAAACAUAAAUUUUGUUAUGAUUGUAUGUUCAGAAUAAAGUUACAAAAUAAAGAUUGUCCCAUCUAAAACUGUUUUAAAAAAAUAGAGUAAAAUGAGGAAGUUUAAACUUGUUAAAUCAAAAAUAAUUCAGAUAAUAAAGAAUAAAAAAUUAUUAAUUAAAAUCUAAAAUAAAGCAUAUAAAAUUAAUCAAUUCUUAAAGUAACAGAACAAUGUUGGAAAUGCUAUAAAACAUUUAAUUAUAAAUUGUUUGAAAUUAAAAAGUGUAAUCAUAAAAUUUGUCUUUAAUGUUUAUCAAGUAUUGAGAUGACAUAUGAAUCCAUUUAUUGUUUCUAUUACAAAUGUUAAUCAACAUUUACAAAACAUGAGUACAAUAUGUACAUUAAGAAUUUACAAUCAAUAUAAAAUACUGAACCUCCUCAAAUGCAAAAAAUAAUUAUUAACUAAAACUAAUCAUAUUUUAAUUGUGAAAAUUGUUAGAAUAAGAGAAGUGAAGAUCAAAAAUAUGUCUUAAAUUGUGGUCAUUCUAUUUGUUUUACAUGUAUAACUUAGGAUGUAUAAUAUAAAACAUCAUGUUGUUAUUUAACAUCAUUAGAUUUUGAUUAUUAAUAAUUUAGGAAAAAUCUGAUUAUAAAUUGCUAAGGUUGCCAAUGUCCUUUUCCAAUAAAAAAUUUAUUUUAAUUGAGGUGUAAACAUUUAUUUUGUUUAAAUUGUUGUUCAAAAAUAUACUUAGGAAAACCUUAAAGAUGUUUGGAAAAAAAAUGUGAAAGGCUAAUAUUUGAUAUUGAUGAUCUUUUUAAUUUCAUUUAUAAUAAAAAAUUAGAGUAAAGUACGGAAAUUUCUAACUAAGAAGAAUAGAAAAAAAACUCAAAUUCUAAAGAGGAUUAAGAAGAAAAUAAAAAUGAAUAAAAGUUAGAUAAAAAAGAUAAUAAUUAAAUGAAAGAAUAAAGAAAAUUCUAAGAAACCAAUAUACAUAAAUUUAGUUAUAGAUAAAAUAAUAAUAAUAAAGAAGAAGAAUAGUCUUUUUAAGUCCAAAAAUCUGUAAUAAAUUUAAAGGAAUAUAAAAUAGAUGAAUAAAAGAAAGAGGAUAUAAAUAUACAAUCAAUAAAAUAACAAGAAAUUAUUACACCUAAAUAAUAGAUUUCCUCUUAAAAUGAUGAAUAGACAAGAUAAGAUAUUUAAAAUUUUUUAGAUGAUAGCUCAGAUUUUGAAAAUAAUUUUGAAGAGGAAAUAAUUAUUUAUUAACAAAUUGAACAAAUUAAAUCUGCAUAAGAAAAAGAAAAUGAGUAUUGUAAAGGAAAUUGUACAAAUUGUAAUUAAGAAUUUUCAUCUUUUAACAGAAAAUAAUUGAUUAAUUGUAAAUCUCAUUAAAUUGGAGUUUGCUGUAUUUUAAUAAAAUUUGAAAAUUGUCCUCAAUGUGAAUAAACACUCCCUAAAAAAGUUUCAAUAAAAUAAAAGCUAAUAUUACCUACCAAUCCAGUAGAAGAGGAAUAUAUGUUUGAAUCUACUAUUAUUAAACCUUAAUCAGCAAAUUAUUAUCCUAUAUCACAUCAGUAAACAUAUUAAGGUUAUAGCGAAUAAUUGUAAAAAUUGGAAAGAUAGAGGAAUAAUCAAAAUUGUGCUAUUAAAAGAAAUGUAACAACUGAUACUGUAAAUAAAAGAGUUUUGGAAAAUCAAUAAGCUUUUGAUGAUAAGUAUAAAUUUAGAAAUGAAUUUGUAUAACAUAAUGAAUUGGCUUUGCUUAAAUCUUCUCCUACUCCUUAUGUACAGCAAUCCUACUAUCCAUAUAGAUAUGAUAGAGUUAAUUAUGGGGGAUAUGAUCAUAGAAACAGAUUGGAAUUACAUAGUAGAGACUUUCAUUUAAACUCAAAAAUUACAACUGGAUAUUCAGGGAGAUUGAGUUGA